AUGCAGAUAAUAGGAGAAGAAGCUUGGAGUUCCGUGGGUGAUCAUGUGUUCUUAAGAGUAGCUCCCACUAAAGGAGUUAUUCGUUUUGGUGUGAGAGGGAAGCUCAGCCCUCGGUUUAUCGGGUCCGCUUUGAGAUUUUGGAACGCAUUGGUGAGGUGGCAUAUCGACUUGCAUUACCACCUUCACUCGCUCUCUGCACAUGAUGUGUUCCAUGUUUCUAUGCUGAAGAAGUUCAUUCCGAAUCCUGACCAUGUGAUACAAUUUUCUGACUUUGAGCUUAGCAAUGAUUUGACGUAUGAGGAGCAACCAAUAAAGAUUGUGGAUUUUAAGGAGCAAACAUUGAGAAGCCGGGUCAUUUCUUAUGUCAAGGUUCAAUGGAGCAAUCAUUCAGAGCGUGAAGCAACUUGGGAGUUGGAGUCUGAGAUAAAAGGGAGAUAUCCGUAUCUUUUUUUUGAUACCUUAGGUACAAGUUUAGAGGACUAA